CAACACUACAAAUCUAUUACAUUUAUUGAGACAUGAACAUGUAUGUUCGCAUUUAGUAGAUCAGCUGCAUCUAAAAUCAUCAAAUCAGUCAGAACUAUGUCUGCCCUAUCGAGACUUGGCCUCAGUGAAGCUAAGAUAAAAGACACAGAGAAAAAUGCAGUUCUCUGCACCACCCUCAACCAAAUGAUAAGUGAAGCUGAUGAGAAAAAUGUGGAGAUUGAUAAGAACACUGGCACUCUGAUUUACAGUCUUGCUGGUAAACUGAAGAAGAAGGAGCAUUUGCCGGCAAUAUAUGGUCUUAUUCUCCAGAAGAAGAUAAUGAACGAUAUGCAGCUUGUAGCGGCAAUGGAAUAUGUGAAAGCAAACCCCGUGAAAUUCGAAUUGGAUGCUCUAGAAAACGCUUGUGGAGUUGGUGUGACGGUGACUCCUGAGCAGAUAAAAGAGGCUGUACUAGAGAAGAUAGAGAAAAACCUUGGACAGAUAAAAACUCAGAGAUACAGGUUUAACAGUGGUUCUCUAAUGGGAAUGAUCCGGAAGGAACUCAAAUGGGCAGACGGAAAGCUCGUGAAAGCGGAGAUAGAGUCUCAAAUAGCAGCACUUCUGGGCUCCAAAACUGACGAAGAUAACAAACCUGUCCAAAAAAUUAAACAGAAGAAAGCUGAAAAGAAGCCGGCAGCCGUUGCCAAGGAAGUAAAAGCAGAAGAACCGCAAGACAUGUCUUUCAGUGGGUUCCACAAACCUGGCGAAAAUUACACGACAGAGGGCUACGUCAUUACGGACCACACGAUGAGGUUGAUGAAAGAGCACUUGGAAAGAACUGGCGGGAAAAUCAGGACCAGGUUCCCUCCCGAACCCAAUGGAAUUCUGCACAUCGGUCACGCUAAAGCUAUCAACAUUAAUUUUGGGUUUGCCAAGUCGCACGAAGGGGUGUGUUUCUUGCGUUACGACGACACGAACCCAGAAAAAGAGGAGGAGAAGUUUUUCACGUCUAUCCUAGACAUGGUCACGUGGUUGGGCUACACUCCUUACAAAGUCACUCACUCUUCCGACAACUUCCAGGCUCUGUACGACUUAGCUGUUAACCUGAUUAAGUCUGGUCAUGCCUACGUUUGCCACCAGACAGCUGAUGAAAUGAAAGGAUUUGAAGUGAAAGCCUCCUCCUGGAGAGAUAGACCGAUUGAAGAGUCGCUCCUACUGUUCGAAGACAUGAAACACGGGAAGUUUGAUGAAGGAACAGCUACACUGAGGAUGAAAUGUGUGUUGGAGGAAGGAAAACAAGACCCGGUAGCGUACAGGAUUAAAUACAUCGCCCACCAUCGCACCGGGGAUGCCUGGUGCAUUUAUCCCACCUACGAUUACACUCACUGCCUAUGUGAUUCCUUCGAGGACAUCACCCACUCGCUCUGUACCAAGGAGUUCCAGAACCGGAGAAGCAGUUACUACUGGUUGUGUAAUGUUCUCGAACAAUACUGUCCGGUUCAAUGGGAAUAUGGCCGUUUAAACAUAGGCUACACCAUCAUGAGCAAAAGGAAGAUCGCUAAACUGAUCGCUGAGGGGCUGGUGGCAGAUUACGAUGAUCCGAGGUUGUUUACUUUGACAGCUCUGAGGAGGAGAGGCUUUCCUCCGCAAGCGAUCAACACUUUUGUUAAGAAGCUGGGACUGACUGGUGCUCUGACGCAACUUGAUCCCCUCAUGUUGGAGGCGUGUGUUAGGGAUGAGCUGAACCUUACUGCCGGCAGGGUCAUGGCUGUUCUUAGUCCACUCAAAGUCAUUGUGGUAAAUAGUGAGGAGAAGUUACCAUACUCUGCGACAGUUCCUGACAUCCCUGGACAGGAAGCCUCGCAUGACAUCUCUAUUAAAAAUACUUUCUACAUUGAUAGAUCUGACUUCAGGACCACCGCCGACAAAGAUUACCGGAGACUGUCCACCGACCAAACAGUGGGUCUGAAGCACGUGGGAAUGGUUGCAGCGGUGGUAAAAGUGGAUUAUGACGCAAGUGGUGAGAUAUCGGAACUGCACGUAAAACUAACAAAACUGAACGACACAAAUAAACCCAGAGCCUUUAUCCAGUGGUUAAGUAAUUACGUAGUAGCGGAGGUAAGAGAAUACAGCAGACUGUUCAAUCACCGAUGCCCAGAGGAUCCCGAAGAGGUUCCCGGAGGAUUCCUCACGGACGUAAACACGGCCUCCCUAAAAACCCACUCCGCCUACCUAGAAUCCCGCGUGUCGGGCAGUACCGAGCACACUUCAUAUCAGUUCGAGAGAAUAGGGUACUACACUGUGGACCAGGAUUCUACUAGCGGUAAACUGGUCUUUAACAACACCGUGUCUUUGAGGGAGGACAGUGGCAAGAGCUAAUCUUAUUGUUUAAGUUAUAGUGCCGUGAUAUAUUAUCAUUGAUAGGUUUUUAUUUAGUUUAGUUGAUAAAUUAUUGGUUUUGCAACAAAAUUAGGGAUUUCUUUAUUUAUAGUAUUGAUUAUGAUGUCGUGCAUAUAAUACAUAUAUACCUUCUUGGAUGGCUUAGGUAUGUCCUGGUGGCAUUUUCUUACUAACACUAUUGAGACCUCAUCUUUUUAAUUUAUUUUAGUGAUUUUUCUUAAUAAUUGAUAGAUUUAGAAGAGGAUCCGUUACAUGGAGUUACGUUGUAGGUCACAUUUUCAUCCGCAAUUUCAAUUUUGAUAUUGUAUUACUUGAUUUUCCCCUUUUUCGCAUGU